CCUCACUGGUCCUCAUAAAUGAGAGAGGUCCAGCCUGAGCUACAGUCGAGCUGAACUCAGAAUGGAGUUUCGGAGACAAUUGGAGAGUCUGUUAUUGGUUUUUUGUUUUCUGGGUGUGGGAGGUGAGGGUCUGAAAGGCCAACAACCUUGCGAGUUUCCAGCAAUCUACAACUUUGGCGACUCAAAUUCAGACACUGGCGGCAUAUCAGCAGCAUUCGAACCCAUUCCUGCACCAUAUGGCGAGGGAUUCUUUCAUAAACCCUAUGGAAGGGACUCAGAUGGCCGCCUCCUCAUAGAUUUCAUUGCCGAGCACCUAAGCUUGCCUUACUUGAGUGCAUACUUGAAUUCACUAGCAACAAAUUACCGACACGGAGCAAAUUUUGCCACCGGAGGAUCGACCAUUAGAAGGCAAAACGAAACCAUAUUUGAAUAUGGCAUCAGUCCCUUCUCUCUCGACAUUCAGAUCAUUCAAUUUAGUCAGUUCAAAACACGCACCAAUGAUCUGUACAAUCAAGCCAAGACUCCCCUGGAAAGAAGCAACCUUCCCAGACCCCAGGACUACGCCAAGGCUCUUUACACAUUCGAUAUCGGUCAGAACGAUCUCUCCGUCGGUUUUCGAAAGAUGAGCUUCGACCAACUUCGUGCAGCAAUGCCAGACAUUGUCAACCAGUUAGCUACAGCAGUCCAGCGCAUAUAUCAACAAGGGGGGAGGGCAUUUUGGAUACACAACACAGGACCAAUUGGAUGCUUGCCAGUGAACCUGUUUUACAUACAAAAUCCACCGGCCGGUUUUCUUGACCAGUAUGGCUGUGUGAAGGCUCAAAAUGACAUGGCUGUAGAGUUCAACAGGCACCUCAAGGACAGAGUGAUCAAACUAAGGGCAGAGCUGCCACAAGCAGCAAUAACAUAUGUCGAUGUCUAUGCUGCAAAGUAUGGACUAAUCAGCAAUGCAAAGAAUCAAGGAUUUGCCGAUCCCCUAAAGGUCUGCUGUGGAUAUCACGUAAAUUACAGCCACGUCUGGUGUGGAUCUAGAGCAACUAUAGAUGGAAGUGAAGUAUAUGGUGCUUCUUGUGGAAAUCCUUCACAGUAUAUUAGCUGGGAUGGUGUACACUACUCCCAGGCAGCUAGUCAAUGGUUCGCAAAUCAUAUCCUCAAUGGUUCCCUCUCAGAUCCACCAGUUCCAAUCACCCAAGCAUGUCAAAGGCGUUAAGAGUGAUCACAAUAAAAAGGUAUAAAGCUUAAAAGCAUCUGGAACGAGUACUGUAGGAGUAUCACAAAAAUAACAUUCGAGUUUUUAGAAAUUCAAUCCAGGAGAUAAAAGCCAGAAUCUUAAGCUCAUGGAUAAAUGAGUUCUUAAAACGUGAUGUUUGCCUCAGUUGCUGAGCAGAAAAGUGAAAGAAACAAAAAGUGAUCGCUAAUAUAUGCAUAUGGUCACAACUAAUUUAGUUA